CAACAAUGUCAAUGUGAGAAGACAACACGUGAAUUUAUUUUGAAAAAAUAUUUGAUUUAAUUCGUACAGUUAUGGCUGAUGAAGCCAUAUUUGACAAAAAAAAAUCACAUCGAGCUAAACAUGCCGGGAGAAAAGCGGAGAAAAAGAAAAAGAAGAACCAAGUGGAUCAGUCUAACCUAACUGCGAGGCAAAGAAAUCCAAAAGCGUUUGCUAUUCAAUCAGCCGUUCGGGCUGAAAGACAAUUCCGACGCCGAGAAGAUGUUAUUUCCAAGAAGCAGCACAUACCACAAGUCGAUAAGACUCCAUUAGAUCCGCCACCGAUUGUUGUGGCCGUUGUCGGUCCUCCGAGAGUAGGCAAAACAACUCUUAUAAAUAACCUUAUUAAGAGUUUCAUUAAAACAAAUGUGACUAAUACAAACGGCCCCAUAACAAUAGUAACUUCCAAAAAAAGACGGCUCACUUUGAUUGAAUGUAAUAAUGAUAUUAACUCAAUGAUCGACAUAGCUAAAUGCGCUGAUCUUGUCCUGCUACUUUGCGACGCGAGCUUUGGUUUUGAGAUGGAAAUCUUUGAAUUCUUAAAUAUAUGUCAAGUCCAUGGAAUGCCUAAAAUAAUGGGUGUUUUGACUCAUCUUGACAUGAUAAAGAAUGCUAAGAAACUUAAAAUGACUAAAAAAACAUUGAAACAUCGGUUCUGGACUGAAGUUUAUUCGGGAGCCAAGUUGUUCUACCUUUCUGGUAUUCUACAUGGGGAGUAUUUGAGAAAUGAAAUAAAAAAUUUAUCUAGAUUCAUAUCAGUCAUGAAAUUUAGACCUCUAAGCUGGAGAAUGACUCAUGCCUAUUUGUUGGCUGAUCGAUUAGAAGAUAUCACAAGCCAGGAGAGUAUAAGAAAGGACCCCAAAAUAAACAGAGAUGUGGUGCUUUAUGGAUAUGUCAGGGGAGUACCAAUGAUGAAAGACUCUGUUGUUCAUAUAGCAGGUGUCGGAGAUAUGAAGAUAAGUGAAUUAUCAUAUUUACCAGACCCUUGUCCAUUGCCAAACAGUGAAAAAAAAAGGCACUUGAUGGAAAGAGAAAGACAAAUAUAUGCACCUUUUUCAGGUGUUGGUGGUAUAGUAUAUGAUAAAGAUGCUGUCUAUAUUGAACUUAAAGGAUCCCAUUCACAUAAACGCGAAGAUGAAGAAGCAGAUGAAAAGAAGGCUUUAUUAAAAAAUGUUGUAGAAACAAAGGAAACAGUUGAUGAGCAAAUGCAGGAAACUGGUCUAAAACUUUUUAGUGGAGGUGAUGUUAUAUAUCCAGAUAUGGUCAAGGAUGAUGAAUACUUACAGUGUGGUAAAAACCAGGACAGUUCUGACGAAAAUGAGUCAGAGGAUGAAAGUGAUUCUGGAAAUGAUAGUGGUAUAGAUCAAAGUGAAAAAGAAACCAAGACCAGCUCAAAACUCCCUUGGGAUAAUAAUUCGGGCUCUGAGGAAGAAGCUGAUGAUGAUGGCGUCGAAAAAAAAAUACCUGAAAAUGAGCCAAAUUCUGAUGAUUCAGACUCUGAAAAAUCUGAAGCUGAAGAGGAUGAUUAUAAUACAAAAUGGAAAGAAAAAUUAAGUGAAAAAGCGACAAUGGCAUAUUUUGAGCGACAAAAGACUUCUAAGAACAUUAUGAAACUAGUAUAUGGAGAUUUUGAAAUUGGCAACAAAACGAAACAGACAAAAGAGGGAGAGGAUAGUGAUAAUAGUGAUGACGAAGAAAUUGGAGGACUCUUUAAAAAAGUGACUAGCACUCAGAAAAAGAAACAUAGGGAGAAAGAACAAUUAGAUCAAGAUGAAUGUUCAUUUUUUUAUUCUUUAGACAAACCCAAUUUAACAGAUUGGACAAAAGAUUUAUACAAACAGAUUUUAAUCAAUAAUUUUGUAACUGGCAAAAGAUCUGCAGAUGAAGAUGCUGAGGAACUUUUACGAUUGGAUGACGCUAGUGAUGGUGAUGAUGAAAUGUACGGAGAUUUCGAAGAUUUAGAAACAGGUGAAAAACAUGUUAACGCAGAAAAUACAACGGAAGCCUCGAAAGAGGAAGUGGGAUCUAAACGAAAAGCUGACCCAACUAAAUCAGAAAUUCUCAAUAAAAAAUUAAAAUUGAAGGCUAAGUUUGACUCCGAAUAUGACAACCCAGAUGACCACAGAAUCAAAGGCGAUCAUUCAUAUUACGAAAGCCUAAAAGCAGAAGCACUAAAACAAUCAGAGUUGAAUAAAUCAGUUUUCGAAAACUUAGACAAUGGUUUAAGAAUUGAGGUAGAAGGGUUUAGACCAGGCCUGUAUGUCAGAAUGCUAUUCAAAAAUAUGCCUUCCGAGUUCGUUACGAACUUCGAUUCUAGUUAUCCACUUCUUAUUGGCGCAUUAAACAUGGCUGAACAGAACAUCGGAUUUGUAUCUUGCAAGGUAAAAAAACAUAGAUGGUAUAAAAAAAUUCUAAAAACGAAUGAUCCUCUGAUUAUAUCCCUUGGUUGGCGGCGAUUCCAAACAUUACCAAUAUAUUCUAAAAUUGAAGACGACAUGAAAUGCAGAUAUUUAAAAUAUACCCCUGAACACGUCACGUGUAAUAUGCACUUCUAUGGACCAGUAACACCACAAAAUACAGGUUUUUUGGCGUUGCAAACUGUCAAUAAUGCUUCUAAUGAAAUAAAACAGUUGGGCUUCAGAAUAGCAGCAACGGGUAGCGUUAACGAAAUCAAUAAAUCCACACAGAUUAUGAAAAAAUUAAAACUAGUUGGAACACCUCUAAAGAUUUAUAAAAAAACCGCUUUCAUCAAAGAUAUGUUUACGACAACUCUUGAAGUUGCAAAAUUCGAGGGAGCGAGGGUUAAAACUGUUUCCGGCAUCAGAGGACAGAUUAAAAAAGCUUUGAACAAGCCCGAAGGUGCAUUCCGCGCCACUUUUGAAGAUAAAAUCCUUAUGAGUGAUGUUAUUUUCUGCAGGACUUGGUUUAAAGUAGAUGUUACCAAAUUUUACGCGCCAGUAGUAAAUCUCUUACUCCCUAUCGGUAGUAAGAACGCUUGGGAGGGAAUGAAAACGAAAGGUCAGCUGAAGCGAGAACGUAAUAUUAAACAUGAGGCAAACAACGAUUCAAUGUACACUGAGAUUGCCAGACAGCCCAAGGUGUUUAAACCAUUGGUAAUACCAAAAGAAUUACAAAAGGCUUUACCUUAUAGGUUAAAACCGAAAGGAAAGACAAUAACAUUAACAGGCAUGAAUACAAAAGAAAAAUUCUCAAAUAGAAUAGCUGUCAUAAAGAAUCCACACGAACAGAAAGUUUCCAAUGUUAUGAAAAUGUUGAAAACUAACUUCGAGAAGAAGAAAGAAGUUCAAAAAGAAUUAACGUCAGAGAAAAUGAAAAAGUAUAAAAAACAACAAGAAGAAGUCGAGUGGCGUAAAUUGAAACGACAAAAGGAGAUGAAGAAGAAAAUUUGUAGACAUUUAAGUAAAAUGUCGAAUAAAACGCAGAAACAAAUGUAAUGUACUGUACGCUUAUUUGUUAUAUUUAAAAUAAAAUAAAUAUUUUCAAAAUC